UGUUGAUCUAAAUAUUGGUAUUAUCUUGUUCUUUAGGUCCAUGUUGAUUGGUCCGAUCCGAAUCGCCCCCCCCGCCAUCUCAUUAGUGGAUUAGAUCGGCCUAGGAUGAAAGCCCGAAGUACGUAUGUAUAAGGUGGACUUCGGCCUCGAGGCGCGUGCAAUAUGUCUCCUAGCUUAUAGAGGGCUAGGUGGCGUAAGAAGUGUUUCGUUUAUACGCCCUUAGUAGUUAUACAUUAUUGGCAGUAUACGGUUUUCGCCAAGGCCUGUUCGUAUCUAUAAAACAGAGGCGUUCACCCAUCUCUUAUCUGUGGCCCCUUUUCUCCUUUUUUUUCCCUUCUUCUACUUUUCUUCAUUACCUACCUGACUUCCUAGCAAUCACUUCUACCCAGCUUCUACUCGGAACUUUACUACUUAUUAAGAUGACUUCUUCUCACCCCCUUUCCGCAACAUCUUUGUUUUCGCUAAAGGGUUGGGUCGCUGUCGUGACGGGCGGAGGAACAGGUGUCGGACUGAUGAUCACUCAGACACUGGCUGCCAAUGGAGCUAAAGUCUACAUCACCGGGCGCCGCGCAGACGUUCUAGAGACCAGUACUCGCAUCCACGGUUCGCCAGAGAGGCUGGGCCCUCUUGGGGGUAGCAUCGUCCCUAUUGCCAUGGAUAUUACGUCGAAGGAUAGCGUUAGGGGUGUCGUCGCCGAGAUCACGCAAAAGGAGGGUUUCGUUAACGUUCUUGUUAACAAUGCGGCAAUCUGGGUAGGACGGCCCACUGCGCAAGCGGAAGACGGGCCUGAGGCUUUUAGCGAAGCCAUGCUAGCCGAAAGUAAUGAAGACAACUGGCAGAAAUCAUUUGAUGUCAAUUGCACCUCGCAAUACUUCGUCACGGCCGCGUUCCUCCCGCUCCUCGCCAAAGCUGCGUCCGGUCCGACCGGGAGAGCUGGAAGCGUGAUCAACAAUGCCUCGGUGAGCGGAAUUCUUCGAAUGUCGCAGAACUGCCAGUUCUCAUACAAUGUCACCAAAGCGGCACUCUUACACCUAACGCGCCAGAUGGCGUUCGAGUUUAGCCACGAGAAGAUCAAUGUUCGCGUGAACGGCCUUGCGCUCGGAUACUUCCCAUCGGAAAUGACGACGGGCGAGUCUAACGACGAGAACGAGAGCACAGCUUCGAACGAGCGUUUUGCGCUCCUGAUGAAAAGCAUGGGCGCUGAGAGGGUAAAGCGCAUGGGAACGCCGCAGGAGGUUGCGAGUGUUAUUCUUAUGCUUGCUACAAACGACUUUGUCUGGGGCACCGUCUCGAUUGUUGAUGGUGGCAUGACUCUGACUGUGCCUGCAAAUAUGUAAAGGAUGGUGGCUAAUAGUCGCACGUUACUUAUUUUGGGAGCAUUCUAAAAUUAUUACUUGGAUGCUUGUUCUUAGACAAUCUG